AUGGCACCGAAUCGCCCCCUUCCCGUAGAGCCGAAUCCUCUUAUGACAAAAGAGAACAACAUCCCACCCUAUGAGACUCUCGUCGCACGUCGUCGCCUCGGUCAGACCGACCUUGCUGUCAAGGCCGGACAAGUUGGGUCUUCGAAUGCUACGAAAGCGAAGAACUUAGGAACAUUUGACUAUGCGCACCUGAGAGCUCCACUGCCAAAGGGAAUCACCUCCGGCAUCUUCAAGCCAUCUCCUGCUUCCUACUUCCUCAUGCGACGAAGUCACGAUGGCUACAUAAGUGCUACAGGCAUGUUCAAGGCGACAUUCCCAUCUGCCGAGGCAUCAGAGGAGGAAGAGGAACGUAAAUACAUCAAAAGCCUGGAGACAACAAGCCCUGACGAGACUGCUGGCAAUGUCUGGAUUCCUCCCCAGCACGCUCUUGAACUCGCCGAAGAAUAUGAGAUUUUGCCUUGGAUCAAGGCACUAUUGGACAACACUCCGAUUGACAUCAACCCCACCAAAGAUGCCACACCCAAGACGAUUUCUCCACCUCCUAAGUUUCUUAUGCCUCAAGAAUCAUUGACGGCUCCCACUCCAACUCGUGGUCGUCCUCGGAGAUCUGCAUCUCCUAGCAAGAUUGCCUCGCCAAGAAAAGCUACUGGUACAAGAUCACGCAAAGCUAAGUCGGAAUCUGUCAAAUCUGAGUCUGUCGAGCCAGCUUCAAUUAAGACUGCGAGCAAGAAUUUGGAAGAGAGUCUAAAAGCCGCCGCCACAGAAACCAAGGCUCCCGCGGAGGAGGGGGUCAAAGAAGAGGUCAAAGAAGAUCCCGUUGUGCGUGUCCAUGUUGAUACGGACGUCGAGGUCAAAGGGGACGUCGAGACUACACACACUCAUGUUGAGGUCGAGAUGCCUGCCGGGUCACCCGAACUGCCGUUGCCCGAAGACACAGCUGCCAUGAUCCAAAAGGCAAAGGAAAUGGUUGAAGCUGCCGUUGCAGGCCAGAAUGGUGAAGUUGUUAACACUUCCAAGAAGUCCAAGAGAAAGGCCGAGGAGAUUGAGGAUGAGGAGAAUGAAGAAAGUGCCGUGGUACCUGCUCCAGCAAAGAAGGCAAAGACUUCCGCGACAACGGAGUUGAGAAAGGAGCGCAUCAAGACCCGAGCUUUGCUUGGUAUUAGUGCAACUCUAGCGAUUGGUGCUGCUGUCCAGUACGCUUUCAACAUCCUUUGA